CUAGAGCAUGACCCCUUGACCUCUGUAUAGGCGCCCACCAGCCAAACGGACCAAUUACAUCAAACAUGGCUGCCUGGCUCCGUUCCGUUGUCCCUGGCAACAGCUGGUCGAGGAGUGGGAGCUGAUCGUGAAGGAGGAAGGAGGAGGAGGGGGAGGGGAGGAGGCAGUCGUACCAAUGGAACAGGAAGUGACACCACCACAGAGUAACUUCACAGUCUUGAGGAAUAGGAAGUCUCUAAGGCAGCUGUCCGCUUGGUGUCGCCCCACAUCCUCUAAAUGUCAGAGGGCACGUAACCUCGGAUCAACACCACAACUCAACCGUAACGUUGCAGCGUCUCUCCUCUCAGCACACGGUGGCAGCAGCCUGGUGUGGAUCCGUCUCUCCCUCGUCACCAAGGGCCAACCGGAGCAGCACGCCCUGGUGUGUGUCCCCACCGCAGAGGACCUCCAGCUGGUACGUAAGGAGCCGGGCUGCACAGGGCCCCAGGAGCCGCUACACACUGACCACUUCAAGAGCCGCGUCAAACGGCCACGCAAGAAGGACCACAACAAACCUGGAACCUCCUCUUCCUCCGCCAAGCAGUCUGACCCUGCCUCAGUCCCUGGUGUCAACCCUGGUCCUGAUCCUAGCUCCUCCUCCAGCCUCACCAACCCCUAUACCUCAGUCGCUAGUGUCAACCCUGAUCCUAGCUCCUCCUCCAGCCUCACCAACCCCUGUACCUCAGCCCUGACUCUGGGUCUCUGGCCGGAGCCCCUUCCCAGCGUCACCUCCCACUGCUCCAGGGUGACUCUGGGCUGGGUGACCCAGGGGGACUUCUCCCUGUCGGCUGGCUGUGGAGAGGCUCUGGGGCUCCUCAGCCUUACUGGUCUCCUACACACCCUGCUCAGACAGCCUGAUGGCCAGAGAGGACUGGUGCUGCUACGGAACCCCGGAUCACUGCAAUACCGUUUCGCUAAGAUCAACAUAGAGGUCUGAGGAGUACUGUAGGUUCAAUCCCACAUCGCUAAGAUCAACAUAGAGGUCUGAGGAGUACUGCAGGUUCAAUCCCACAUCACAACAGUGCCGCUUCUGUUAGGGGUACUAGAUAUGAAAUAAAACACUGUGCCUAGUGCGAGUCCCUUCACCCCGACCCCUGUUAGGGGUACUAGAUAUUAAAUGCCUGGCAUGCACACACAACAUUACCCACAUUGUUUGAGUGGAAUAACUUUUUAUUGAUAAUAAUUCCCUGUAAGGUUUUCUGGGAGUUUUUCAUUUGAGUUGAAAUGAGUCAAAAAAAAAAAAAAAAAAAAAUGUUCAAUAUUGUUUUCACGGAAGGGACUGCCUUCAGAUUGUCACUGGGUGUGUACUGGUUCUGUAGAGAAGACACCAGUCAUUCUUUGGUUUGCCUGAUUCCCAUCUUUGUUUGGAUUUGAGAGCUGUAGUUGAAGUGGUUGACAAUAAAAAUCCCUCUACUCCAA